AUGGCUCUGGCAGAAAGAUCUAUGGUUGUGUCUAUAGUGUUAGUAACUAUGCAGAUUUCAUUCUCAUAUGCAGCUGUUUACAAGGUUGGUGAUUCUUCUGGCUGGACUACACUUGGUAACAUUGACUACAAAAAAUGGGCUGCCACCAAGAAUUUCCAACUUGGUGACACUAUUAUAUUUGAAUAUAGUGCAAAAUUCCACAAUGUGAUGAGAGUGACACAUGCUAUGUACAAGUCAUGCAAUGCAUCAUCACCUAUUGCAACAUUCACCACUGGAAAUGAUACCAUAAAGAUAACAAAUCAUGGUCACCACUUUUUCUUCUGUGGUGUACCUGGACAUUGUCAAGCAGGACAGAAAGUUGAUAUUAAUGUACUCAAAGUUUCUCCUGUGGCUUCUUCACCUACUCCAUAUUCUUCAGCUUUGGCUUCUCCUCCUACUGUUCCAGCUUCCAAUGUACCUGGACCUUCUCCUAGCAAUGCUGCACCAUUGAAAUUUGUUGCUUUAAAGAUGAUGAUGGGUUUUUGGGCCAUGCCAUUUCUUGUUCAUUUCUAA